UAUUUUUUCUUGGUGGUCAUUCUUGUCCCCCCAGAUGUUAAGAAGUUUUCACACAACCUCUCAAUCAAAGUUCUUGUGGAGUGUUCAAUUAUUGAAGCUUUUCAAAAUUUCUCUCACCACCCACCUACUUUUUUUUUCUUCUAACUCCCUAUAUUUCUUAGUUUUUUUAUAGUUAUUUUGAAAUUUUUGUUCUUGUUGAUUCCAUUCUUCUUCUUCUUCUUCUCUUUGAUGGGUUUAUUCUAGGGCUUUUCUUUUCUUCUCCCUUUUUCUCAUUCUAUUUGUACUUCUGUCCCAAACCCUUUUUAAUCUUAGUUCUUCUAACCUUUUUUGAUCUUGGGUUUUGUGAAGAACUGCCCCAUUUCCUUGGAUUUGAAUCUAUUUUCCCUUUUGCCCAUUUUCACUUCACUUGCCUUUCCCUCUUUCCCUGUUUUUGGAGAUUUUGUUGUGAUGAUUAAUGUUUGUCUUUCUAGAGAAUGAACUGUUCUCAUUGUCAUUUUCUUUUUUAUUUGAAGAAUCAUUCUUGGUUUUAGUUCAUUUCUGUUGAUUUUUUCAUUUCUCUGUUCUGUUUGGAAGGAAAGUUGGGUUGUCCUUUGUUUCUUGAAUACUGCAUUUCUCCAUUAGAGGAUCAGCUGUUCUUUUUGUUUUUGUUUUUUUUUUGCUGUUCUUCCCUUUUUUCUUUUCUUUCUUUCUUUAGUAAUGUUCAUUUGUGAAGAAAAAGAAUAGAUCUUAUUGUGUUCUGCUACUGUCAUGGAGUCAAUGAAAUCACUAUCUCCUGUGGAAUCAAACUUGGAUUUCUCUAAUGGAAUCCGUUCAACUUCGAUGUUGUCGGAUUCACCCCCGCUCACAGCUGUUUAUACAGAUGUGGAUAUUGUACCUGAGCAUAAAAAUGCUGAGCUCCAUCAAUCAAUGCUGAAUCUAGAAGGUGAAAUUGAACAAUUGAGAUUGAAGCUGAGGGCAUCGGACGAGAAACGGAGAGAAGCUUUGAAUAAGAUUUUAGAUAUUAAAGGCAGCAUUCGUGUGUUUUGUCGAGUUCGCCCGUUCCUACUGACAGAUCGGAGAAGAAUUUGUGAUCCCAUUUUGGUGGAGCAAGAUAAGGUCAGGGUUCGGUCGUCAGGAACUAAAAAGGAAUUUGAAUUUGAUAAGAUUUUCUCCAAAGAAACAUCCCAAGAGGAAAUCUACUCUGAGGUGGAACCAAUAAUCCAAUCUGCUCUCGACGGUCGAAACGUAUGUAUAAUAGCUUAUGGUCAAACGGGUACCGGCAAGACAUAUACCAUGGAUGGGAAAAUGGAGCAGCCAGGUAUAGUCCCCCGUGCUCUCGAGAUGCUCUUUCAUCAAACCUCCGUCGGUGCUUCAUCUACUGUGACGUUUUCCAUGAGUAUGUUGGAGGUUUACAUGGGUAGUCUUAGAGAUCUUCUGGCCCCAAAAGCAGCCUCAAGAAUGUAUGAAAAAUGCAAUCUCAACAUUCAAACAGAUCAAAAAGGAUUCGUUGAGAUCGAGGGCCUAACAGAAGUCCCGAUUCCUGACUUCGAGAAAGCCAGAUGGUGGUAUAAUAAGGGAAGGCGGGUUCGAUCUACUUCAUGGACUAAUGUGAAUGAAACAUCUAGCCGAUCGCACUGCUUAACGAAGGUCACCAUUUAUCGCUGCGUGGAUGCUUCGAAAGCUAAAACCGAAGUAAGCAAACUAUGGAUGGUGGAUCUUGGGGGAAGUGAGAGAUUGUUGAAAACUGGUGCGUGUGGUCUAACUCUCGACGAGGGAAGAGCGAUAAAUCUUUCACUUUCAGCUUUGGGUGAUGUUAUUGCAGCUCUAAGGAGAAAGAGAGGUCAUGUACCUUACAGAAAUAGCAAGCUAACUCAAAUACUCAAAGAUUCCUUAGGUGAUGGUUCAAAGGUGUUAAUGCUUGUGCAUUUAAGUCCAUGUGAAGAAGAUGUUGCAGAGACGAUCUGCUCAUUGAGUUUUGCGAAGAGAGCACGAGCAAUCGAGACAAAUCGAGAACUCCAGGAGGACUUGAAGAAGCAAAGAGAGAAAAGGAUUGCAGAGUUGGAUGAAAGCAUGAAGGAAGCUCAAGAGGAAUGCCAAAAAGUCAAGAACCAAAUACAAAAGGCUGAGUUUCUAUUAUGCGAAAACAAGAAACUAUUGUCUAGCGAUCAUCAUCCACAUGUCAAUACUCCGGAAGCGAACCAUAUAGUGCCCGUGGAAGAUCGGAAAGAAGUCACUAGCACUCCAAGAAAAUCUAAAGUUCCAAGUAAAACUAUCGUUUCCAAUUCAUUGCCUCGUUUCAUGACUUCUACAAUGGCGAGUCGCCAACGACAAAGUGCCGCAGAAAACAAAAUAGUGACGGGGAGGGUGAAAAGUUUGAGAUUUGGAGCAAGAAGCUCUGUCCAAUUCUCGAGUUCCCAAUCCAUAAGCUACUCAGAUUUUCGUAUAAGAGCAAGCCUACAAUUAUCUAAUAAGAAAUCGCGGUACGUAGAACCCGACACCCUCUCAACUGAACCUCCUCAAGUCAAUGGCUCAGAACCAAAAAAGGAUCCAUUGCCAUUGUCACUGCCAUUGCCACAAAGCAAAUUGGUAACUUCAUCUGAUUCAAACUUGAGAGUUAUGCUUUCUCGUCACCGAAGAAGGAUGUCUGAUCUAAUCUAACCGUCAAAAGAUUGGAAAGAAAUUUGUUGGUAUAUGAUUCUUAUCAAGUUUUCCCCCCCUUUUUUUGGUUUGUGGUGAUUUGGAGUGGUGGUUUCAUUGGUGACUUGCUGUGUGAAAAUAGAGUUAGCAAAAGAGAAAGAACAUAAAAGGAAAUAGAUUUUAGGGAGGAGGUUUCUUAAUUUGACUAAUUGGGCCAUUGGCUGUGUUUGGCUUUGGGGAUCUGUUGAUAUUUUUACAUGAUCCUUGUGUAUCUGGCCAUUUGUUUAGGUUUGUUUUGGUUUGGUUAACUUUUUGUUAACAUGAUAUUUGUAACCCAUACAAGGAUGAUAACUUUCAAAUACUUUUACUUGUAUGCUUUGUUGGUA